AUUGAUGAAGGGGAAGCUAAGGGGAAGUUAUUCGGGGACACAUUUGACUGUCACACACGGGAAAGGGCGCUGUGUAAAUUUUUUAUAUUUUUGUUGCUUGCUUGCUAGCUAGCUAGCUAGUGUAGCUUCAUAUGGCACCAAAUUCUGUUUGGCUUCCAAGCAUGAUGAAUAUGGCCCAGAAACGCAAAUCGAGUUCACCGGAACCACAGCUUGUGCAUUCCAAGUCCUUUAAGACAAACGGUACCACCAAACUCUCCAGUGGUGGUCGACUCGGCAGUCUCUCUGAUAACAGACGGCCCUCCAUAUCCACACCGAAUAAGAGAAAGGACUUUCGAAUGAAAAUCCCAGAUGAGGCGUUACCAAGGAGAGACAAUACCAGGUUCAAGCAGAAACCUGUUGCUUCAGACCAGCUGACGAAUGUGGAGGAGUGUCGGCAAUCUCCCAGUCCCCCACACAGCCCCUCAGAAGCAGAAGAGGACACAGAACUAGGCCUGGUCAUCACCUUCGAUGGGGAGGAUUGCGAAAUCCCACGGCUGACAAAGAGGAAGAGCAACUCAACAAUGAAGAGACCUUCAGACGUCGGACUGGAAGUGGAAACUUUCCAGGAAGGAAAAUGGUCUGAAGAUUCGUCCAGCGACAGCGAGGAGGAUGAGUUUGGUCAGCUGGAUGUGGACCUGGAGAGGAAGUCACAGCAACACAACCUGACCUCGGUCAACGUCCGGACCAUCCUCCACGAGGUGAUUACCAACGAGCACGUAGUGGCCAUGAUGAAAGCAGCCAUCCAGGAAACCCGUGACCUGCCCCUGUUUGAGCCAAAGAUGACCCGCUCCAGACUGAAGGAAGUGGUGGAGAAGGGGGUGGGCAGCUCUACCUGGAAUAAGUCUACCAUCCAAAGGGCCCUUGAAGUGAAGCCCCCCCAAUUUGUAGACAUCCCUCUGGAGGAGGACGAGGAUUCCUCUGAUGAAGAGUACUGCCCAGAUGACGAUGAGGAGGAUGAGACUGCAGAAGAGAUGUUUUUGAGCGAUGUGGACAGCACAGCCUCGUCACCACGAUGUUCCCGAGGGCCGCGGCCCAGGACCCCAGGACACUCUGAGUGUGAGGAGGACAGAUUGGACAGUCCCAGACAGAAGCCAAGGCAGUCCAGACAUCUUAGGGUGGAGGCAGUUCCUAUGGGGCCCCCUCCGCCCCCGUCCUCCACCGGCUCCUCACGGCCCCUCAGGGCCCAGGACUGCACGUUCAUGGAGAAGCUUCACGCGGUGGACGAAGAGCUGGAACUCAGCUCCAUCUGCAGUGAACCCUACCAGACUCUGACUGGGGGUGCCGGGUCCAGCCUGGUGGCGUGUCGGACCCGCUCCAAACGGCCCCUGAGGAACGUGCCCCUGGGAAAGCUGGAGGCGGAGCUGUGCGCUCCAGACAUCACGCCUGACAUGUAUGAUGACAGCUUGGCCCUGGAGGACCGCGACUGGAGCGAGUGGCUACAGGGCCUGAUGACGUCUGAUAUGGAGAACGAAGAAGAGGCUGAUGAUGAUGACGAUCCGGAGUAUAAUUUCCUGGAGGAUCUGGAUGAGCCUGACCGAGAAGAUUACAGGAACGACCGGGCCGUACGCAUAACCAAAAAGGAAGUGAACGAGCUGUUGGAGGAGCUUUUUGAGACGUUCCAGGAUGAUGAGCUGGUAGUGAAUGGGCAGGAGGAUGACGGUCACGAAGAAGAUGAGGAGCGGGAGGAAGAAGCUUCACCCCCAAGUGCUCCCCAAUUCAACGUUCCGCAGGCCAUUCGGUUUGAGGAGCCUCUGGCUAACAUGCUAACAGAGAGACGGCGUACAGUGAGGGAGCAGCUGGAGGCCCAGCAGCAGCGGAGGGCCCUCCAAGAGCCCACCGGCCGCUCCACCCCCAUGACCUCGGCGUCCCCCGCUGUGAUGCUGCUGCCCCCCCUGCCCUGCCCUGCCCUCACCCUCAACCACACCCAGAAACUCCAGCUGCAGCAGCAAAUCCAACAGCACGUCCAGCUGCUGACCCAGGUGCACCUGCUGAGCCGCCCUGUGGAGGCCCUGCGUCACGAGGCCCACACCACCAAACAAUACCUGGAGGAGCUUCAGUCGUUUGCCGGGCGUCAAGAGGUGACCAGGUCAGCCUGGGAACUGGGCUUCAGUAGCAUCUUUAGGGCCUGUAAUCUCCAAGGGGCCCUUUCUCUGAUCCAGGAGCAGGAGAUGUCUGUGUCUUCCACGCCUCCACAACCCCCAGCCAGGCCUCAAACACGUCCCUCAAAUGUGCGUACAUACCCUCUGCUUCCUGCUGAGACAGCCUGGCUGUUCGCCACACGCUCAGUAUUUCUCUACCCGGAGCUGCUGCCCUUCUGCAGCCUGGACCCAGCUCUGCACCCCGCACGCACCAAGAACAACUACACACGUGGAGAGGACAGACUGAUCAUACUGGGGCUGAAGCACUUCAGCCAGACUGAGUUCCCCUACCGCCUAAUGUGUCGCUACCUCGUCCGCACCAAGAAGCAGGACCAGCUGCGCUCCCGUGUCAAGGAGCUGUGUGGCUCCAAGACAUCUGACAACAUCAUCAAGGUGUACUGCCAGUACAAAAUAGUUCCUGCCAUGGAGGAGACCUGUUGCAGGGUGAUGCCUGGGGAGGAGCGCCCCCCGGUGGAAAGAGAGAUGUCUGUCAUGCCCAACUGGUUACGGAAGAGUCUACCAAUCAUCCACAGGGUAAUGAUGGAGUAUAAUAAAAAACCACAGGGGAAAGUAUCAUAUACAAACCCUCUUCCUCUUCCAGCACCUCCCUACACUUUCCCCAGUGGUACACGAUAUCCCCCAUCUCUCCCUAGAAACAUCAACCUGCGACUACACCCCUGCAUGAACUACAAACGAGACCGUCCACCCAUCGCCCCCAAACCUUGUCCCAUCUAUGCUUUCUCCCGUUCCAACCCACUUGUGCCCAUUACCAAAUCUCCCUCAGAUACACUUAGCUUUCUGGCCCAAGUUCCACAGCCUGUCCCCUCGCAAGGGGUCAUUCUAUUGGCCACAGCCCCAAGUACUCCAAUCCACGGGGCCCUGCCAAUGACCCAGGCUCCUGUCACUCCUGCCCACGGAGCAGUGCCAUUGGUUCAGCUCUCACCGUCCACCCCCACGAGAGCCCCCCUCUUUGGUCAGGGCGUGGUCACAGCGUGUGUGAUGCAAACGAUGCCCAAACAAACAGAGAAAACACCUUCUCGUGCACCUCCCCGCAAACUGCUGCCCAAACAAUCCGAUUCCCCCAAGCCGUCACCACCCCCUCACCCUGCCCUCCCAGCAGAGAAGACUGGUCCUCUUUCAUCACUCACUAACUCUGCACGUCGGACCAAUGCUGCCUUAAGGUUGGCCAAGCGGCCCCCACGCUCCGCCCCGACCCACCGGGAAACUCGGGCUAAAACCAGAGCAGCUCUGAACCGUAUUCUGGCCAGGCCUCUCCUACCGGCCCCACCAAGCCUGGAGGCAGCGCUGAACUACUCCCCAACACCUCAGAGUAGCGCCCUGCAGCUCAAGUCCAGCCCUGUGUUUUUCUCUCACACGCCUUCCCCUCCCCUUAUGACCUCACAGUUAAAAAACAGCCAUAUGAGCCUGUCCCUGGACAAUGACAACUGGAACACGAGGCCAGCAAUCCAGGCAGAGGUCAAAGAUAAAGUUGGGUUUGACCCAAACCUAACCUACUCUCAAAACCUGUCUGGAUGUGCUCCAGAUGCUGCAGAAGGGAAUGCUUUCCCGGUCCAGUCUGGUAUCUCCCAUGCCACUAUGUCUCCUUCAGACAUCCAGGGUCUUUCAGAAGCCCAGAAUGACCAGUAUGUACUGUUACAGGCUGCGGCCCAGGGCUCUACACAAAUGGUCUGGGUGCCCAAACACUGUCUGGUCCAAAACAGAUCUGUGUUGUCCAACGCUUCUGAGAAUGGGUUUCACCAGUCUGAAAGCUACCUGUCACCUUCCCCCCAACACAGUAUGACUGGGUUAACCAGCGGCGUACCUUCCUGCCUCCCGCCACCCAGCACUUUACCUGACGGGUCCGUGGACUACCAGCAGGCACUCAGUGUCCGGUUGCACAGCGACUCUGCUCUGACCUGCGGAGAAGCUCCUGGGUCCAGCUUAGAGGAGCAGUUGCAUCGGCUGGUGGAGGGCCUGCGGGAAGAGGGCCUGCGGGAAGAGGGCCUGCGGGAAGAGGGCCUGCGGGAAGAGGGCCUGCGGGAAGAGGGCCUGCGGGAAGAGGGCUUGCGGGAAGAGGGCUUGCGGGAAGAGGGCCUGCGGGAAGAGGGCCUGCGGGAAGAGGGCGGGGUGGAUGAGGGCGGGGUGGAUGAGGGCGAGAAGGAGGGAUGGGGGGAUGUGGAGGGUCCUCUCCUCACACUGUCUGAGUCGUCCUCUGGGAGCCCCUGCUCCAGUCUAGAAAGCCCAGCUGAAGUUCUGGAGAGAAUGAUGGUUGAAGGGGAGGAGGGGAUGGAGGAGCUGAGAAGGGAAAAUCGAGAAAGGGACGAGGUGGGGUUAGAUAGUUGGUGCUUGUCAACUAAUACAGUGCACAGACCUGGCACCCUACCUGAGGAAAAGGGUGGAGAAAAGGAUGUGAGAGGAGCUGAAGAGGAGGAAAAAGGCGAAGAGGGGGAGGGAGAUUGCUGUGUGUAUGGCGUGGUCGCGCUGAGUGGGAGGACUGUGGCACAGGAGCAAACUGGAGGAGGAGCAAAGAAUGAGGGAAAACAGGGUGACCAAAGAAAUGGACAAAAUGGUGGAGGGGAAGAGAGGAAUGGAGCUGGGGAGAGAAAUGGAGAGCAGGGGGGAGAUGGGAAGGGUAGAGGGGAGGGGGAUGGAGGACAGAGUGGAGCAGAGAAGGACGGUGAUGGAGAGAAAGACCAGGACGGUGAGCAAGGGGAGGAGGAGGAAGAGGAGGACUUUGAUGACCUUACUCAGGAUGAGGAUGAAGAGGAGGUUUUGUCCUCAGCCUCUGAGGAGUCCGUUCUCUCUGUGCCUGAGCUGCAGGAAACCAUGAAAAAGCUGACUUGGCUGGCCUCAGAAAGGAGGCUCUGUGACUCUGAGGAGGACAACUCUCCUAACUCCCCCCCCUCACCUACAUCACCAAAUUCCCCUGUCUCCCAGAACUCCCAGGAGGAGAACUCUGAGGAGGAGGAGGGGCCAACAAAGGGGGAGGAGCUGGAGUCUGGUGAGGGCGGGGUCAGUAAGGUGCCUGGAGACGAUGACAUGCCCUCUGGGGAGGGUAAUCCCAGAGCCAGUGGGAAAGGAUCUGGACGGGGCAGAGGGAGAGGCAGGCCGCCCCCUCGCAGUCUGAGACGUAGUCGGCGUCAGGAACGAGACAGCAAGGACACGUCCAAGCUGCUGCUGCUUUAUGAUGACCACAUACUGGACAAUGACCCCCUCAGAGAGAGCAAGGACAUGGCUUUUGCACAGGCCUACCUCAACAGGGUUCGUGAGGCCCUUCAGGACAUACCUGGCAAAGUGGAGGAGUUCCUGUUACUGUUGUAUGAAUUUGAGAUGGGAGGUGAGGGGCGCAAUGCAGUGGAGCUCUUCUCCCAGCUCCGCCUCGUCCUUGGGGAGUGGCCAGACCUCCUGAGAGACUUUGCUGCCUUUCUCCUCCCUGAGCAGGCCCUGGAGUGCGGCCUGUUUGAGGAGCAGCAGGCGUUUGAGCGCAGUCGACGUUUCCUAAGGCAGCUGGAGAUCAGUUUUGGGGAAAAUCCGUCUCACUACCAGAAGAUCGUACGUGCUCUUCAGGGAGGACCUGGACUGAGUCCUACCAGCAUUGAGGAGCUUAAAUCACAGAUGUCCUCCCUCCUGAAAGGCCACACACACCUGCAAGGGGAAUUCUGGGUAUUUUUUGAAGAGCUUCGUCCUCCUCUGGCCCGUCCGGGGCAGUUUGAGGAGGCUUGUUGGCCUGAGGAGGCAGGGGCUGGAGUAGACGCAGGCGAGGGGGUUGGAUUGGGAUCAGGGGCAGGGGCAAGUGAUGGUUUUGAAGAAGUGACUCUGCCUGAUUUAGAGGAAGAAGAGAUUCCAACCAUGACCGGUCGCCGCCGCAGGAGCAAGAUAGGUUCUCAUGGCUACAAGGAGUGUGAUUGGCCAGAAAAGGACUGUUCCUUCCUUUGUCAUGAAGCCAACCAUGAUGCAAAGCUUCGAAGACACAAGAGAAAAGGAUGCUCUCGUUGCCAUGGCAACAAGGCCUCUGACGGUGUCUCCCGGGUGAUGAAGACUCUUGACCCCUUAUAUCCCACGGCAACUAGCCCCCCAGUCGACCUUCUCACUGAGACAGGCAGGGAGGAGAGGGGAGAGAAAGAGGAAGAAAGGGAGGAGCAGAAAGUGGUAGAGAAGGAGAAAGAGGUGGAUCCUGAAGUAAAAGAUGAAGUUGACAGUGGGGCCAACAGUCCACAUCCUGAGCAAACAGUCCCUUCGUGGGAGGGUCCUGAGGAAGGCUCGGUCCACAUCCCUGAGGUUAGGGAGGAAGAGGAGGAGGAUGAAAUGGAGGAGGAUGAGGAAGAGGAUGAGUGGAAGGAUGGGGAGAGAGAACACAGCCCCCUGCCAAAGAAGAGUAAGGGUGAUGAAGAAGGAUCUGGGGUGUCUGAUGUCCCACCAGCAUCGCUCUCUGGGGUGGUGCAAAGCCCCGUGGCCCCCAUGCAACCUCGUCCCAGCCCUCCUUCUGACCCACCCGUCUGUGCCAAAAACAUCUCCCUCACUGCCAGUGGGGAGAAGGUCAUACUAUGGACAAGGGAAGCUGACCGUGUCAUUUUAACAACCUGUCAGCAGCAAGGAGCCAAUCAUAGCACCUUCCAGGCAAUCUCCGUCCGACUGGGCAAUAAGACACCAAAUGAGGUGUCUCGGCGGUUUCGGGACCUGAUGCUGCUGUUCCAUACUGCUGCUCGCCAGGUCAACUCCGAGGAUGAAGCUGUGGUCACUGAACAGCAAACAGUCACAGACAAGGAGCAAGAGUGAACUGUACAGAACCAUCUCAAACAGGACAGAACAAAGUGUAGACACUUUGAGGACAAGUCAAUAGUAGAGAGGAUACAUGUGACGGCAAAACCUGGAGGCAACAUGAAGGACAUACAGUAUGAAUGCUGUUAACAAACUCAUAUCUGAGCGAAGCAACACCAGCAUCCCUAGAUGGCAGCUGUUCAAUUUUAUCAGAACCAAUUUAACAGUGAGCACUGUGUACAGCACUAAUUUAUUGAAAGAAAUACACAGGAAACUGAUCCGCUACUGAGUGACUUCACAGUUGGGCAGGACUUUUAUAAAUACUGUAAUAAAUACACAAAUGGGGUUUCGUCCAAGAAUGUA